AUGUGGAAAAUCACAUAUCGCAAGAGAGCUUCAAUGGGGUCUAGUCAACUUUCAAAUAAGAAACAGAUUCGAAGUCUGAUGGUAGAGAUUUUCUUGAUCUUCCUCUUGGUGGGUUGUGAUGCAUCAAUUCUAUUGGAUGGACUCACCAGUGAGAAAAAAGCAGUCCCAAAUUCAAGUGUUAGGGGAUAUGAACUCAUUGAUGCUAUUAAAGAAGCUUUAGAAGCAGAAUGUCAAGGCCUAGUUUCUUGUGCUGACAUUAUUUCUAUGGCAACUAGAGAUGCUGUUGUCUUGGCUGGAGGAAAAUGGUAUGAUGUAGAAACAGGACGAAGGGAUGGAGAUGUUUCCUUAACUUCAAAUGUUAAUCUUCCUGCUGCUACAAUUUCAGUUUCUGAUUCCAUAAAACUCUUUGCAAGCAAAAAUCUUACUCAAUAUGACAUGGUUUAUCUUCUAGGGUGA